CGGUGGCUCAUGUGGCGCCGGAGGAAGAGCAACUGGCAGUGAACACCGGUGACUUGAUGCACCUCUGGCGGCUUGUCGAGGAGAAGGAUGGUGGCCCGUCGUGGAUUCACAUGAUGGACCACACUCUGCCGACCAUGAGAUACCAGGCUUGGCGGAGAGACCCACCAAAUGGUCCACCGCAGUACCGCAGUAGCACUAUCUUUGAGGAUGCCUCGCCAGAGGUUGUGAGGGAUUUCUUCUGGGAUGACGAGUUCCGGAUUAAGAACAGCUGGGAUGACAUGCUUCUUCAGCACGAGACACUGGAGGAGUGCAAAAAGACUGGAACCAUGGUUGUCCGCUGGGUCAGGAAGUUCCCAUUCUUCUGCAGUGACAGGGAAUACAUCAUCGGUCGCAGGAUAUGGGCAUCUGGAAAGACGUUUUACUGUGUGACCAAGGGUGUGCCUCGUCCCUCUGUCCCAAGACAAAACAAACCUCGCCGCGUGGACUUGUACUACUCUAGCUGGUGCAUCCGUCCAGUUGAAUCAAGAAAUGGUGAUGGUGCGAUGACUGCAUGUGAGGUGCUCUUGUUCCAUCAUGAAGAUAUGGGGAUUCCGUGGGAAAUCGCAAAGCUCGGCGUCCGGCAGGGGAUGUGGGGCUGCGUCAAAAGGAUUGAGCCUGGCCUUCGGGCAUACCAAAUUGCAAGAACUGCCGGAGAGCCUAUUUCAAAAUGCGCUGCCAUGGCACAUGUCACCACCAAGUUUAAUGCUGAUCAGCUCGACACAGAAGACAAUACCAUGGCCAGUUCAUCCAACAACAAUACAGAGGUUGAGAAGCCAAAGCACUGGGCAAACAACAUACCCAAGGCUCUCAUGGUAGGUGGUGCCGUCGCCCUGGCUUGCACCUUUGACCGUGGAUUAUUAACCAAGGCUGUCAUAUUCGGCACAGCAAGAAGGUUUGCAGGGCCAGGAAGGCGGUAGUGGAUGAAGCUGAUCACUGUAGAGCAAUAAUGUGCUUAUCAUGUAGCGAAGCUAUGUGUGGAAGUGUCCUAUGAAAUCCUUUUUUUGUAGCAAUGCAUAGAGGAGGCCAGAGGACAGGACGCAAGUCAUGCCUUAUAUAGUUGUUCAAUCUAGAUCUCCUCAUGCUGCAGUUAGGCUAGUCUGCUGAUAUUAGGUCAGUUGAGAAAAUAGAUCAUGUGCAUUGCGCCAAGGAAAAGAAGAUCUAGCGUGACAAAGAAGUAUCUGUAAGCAGACUAGGGCAUACUUCUGUUGCUGCAGUUUCAGAGGCUUAGAGCCAGCUGGUUAGGUUAGAAUUAUAGCAUUAUGAGAUAGUGUGAAGAGUUGGGAAAGAAAACAGUUGUAUGGUGUACUAUGUACAAGGUUCAAUGGUUCAUUCAGAGGUGCUAUAAAAUACAGUGCUAUCUAUUUAGCAGUUGAUAACGAGAAUUCUCGCUUU